CUAUAUCUAUCUCUCAAAAUGCAUUUCAUCAACAUUGCAACUGUUGCUGCUCUCCUCAGUCUUGUCAGCGCUACGCCAGUGGCCGACAGACGUCACGUCCAUGGAGUAGCGAAUGCAGAUGAGGUAUACCGGCGCUCAUACUAUGCAGUGGCCAAUGCCGACGAGGUCUCGAGGCGUGCGGUAGCCAAUGCCGAUGAGGUUCACGCCGUGGCCAACGCCGACGAAGUCUCGAAACGUGCGGUAGCAAAUGCCGAUGAGGUCCACGCUGUGGCCAAUGCCGACGAAGUCUCGAGACGCGCGGUAGCGAAUGCCGACGAAGUCCACGCAGUUGCUAAUGCCGACGAAGUCUCGAAACGCGCGGUAGCCAAUGCAGACGAGGUCCAUACUGUGGCCAAUGCCGACGAAGUCUCGAAACGUGCCGUAGCAAAUGCAGACGAGGUCCACGCCGUGGCCAAUGCCGACGAAGUCUCGAGACGUGCGGUAGCGAAUGCCGACGAGGUCCACGCCGUGGCCAAUGCCGACGAAGUCUCGAGACGUGCGGUAGCGAAUGCCGACGAGGUCCAUGCAGUUGCCAACGCCGAUGAGGUGACCAGACGCUCCUACUAUACGGUUUACUAG